GCCUCUUGGGAAAAAAUAGCAAUUGCGAGGUGAUGGUGAGGACGAUCCACUUGUUCCUCUGUCACCGCGCUGCGAGGGCAUGCCGCAUUUCUUUCUUUUUUUCUCUCCACGACUACCGUAAUUGGUUUGUACGGUGAUUCGAGAAGAAUAGGUCUACCGGUACCGUACCGUACCACAGAGUCAAGCUUAUGUGGAUAGCCCCCCCCUCCUCAACAUUCGCUACUCUCUCCCGGCUGAUUAUAUAUGGGGUACCUCCCAGCGCCCUGGUUUCUGGUUCCCCAAUUUUUUUCGAAGCUUCGAUCCGCUAAGUUUGCAUAUCAUUCCAAAUCUCGAACAAACCGACCAGACAGGAAACAUGGGCGAUAUCCAUCUACCCCUCGAAGGGUUCAUCACCCUUGACUGGGUUCUGCUCUUCCUCACGUCGAUAUUCGUCUUCCUCCGGAUCUGGGAACGGAUGUGGAGACGGGCUGGAUCGUGGUCGACAGCUUCACUGAUUUCCGACGUGUGUGUCAUCUGUUCGUAUAUUUCCGCCAUCGCCUUUAUCGGUAUCAAUACCUGGAAGAACGCGCUGCGAAUGAAGUUCAGAGGACAGCCGGAUCUGUACUAUGGCGUUCCGAAGCAUCUCUCUGCCCACCUUUUGAAGGUACCAUCCCCAUCACACUACCCAUCCAUUUGCGGGGCUUACCACCCACUGACCUCGGUUCUCGUGAUGUCAGGUUUCCUGGGUAUCGCUAUUCUUCAUCUACAUCUCCCUCUGGUUCGCGAAAGGUGGUUUCAUCGCCUUCUACUUUGAACUCUUCAACAGGGAUCACCAACUCGGCAAGCGCUGCAAGGUUGCGGGCGUGAUUGUCUCAGUAAUCACCUUCCUGACAUUCCUGCUCCACAUGCUUCUCCUACAAUUCUGGUGUCGACCUGUCAGUUUGAAUUGGUAAUUAGCGCUUCCGCUUGCCCCCACCACGCCAGUUUUAGGAUGUGAUGGCUGAUGCCCUCGGAUGCAGGGAUAUUAAUGGCCACUUGUGCUCGGCCGUGCACGACAUGGACAGUGUAACCAUCUCAACUUUUACCAAUGUCGGCACAGAUCUCCUAAGUAAGCUCGCGCUCCCCACCCCACCCGUUGUAUUUAUCAGCCUUAUGCUUUGCAGACUCUCCCCUCCUCCAAUGACAUUUCAAUGUCUAACCGCCGGGCACUGACAUUAUCAAUUUUGAUAGUCAUAAUGCUCCCCAUAUUGGUUCUAAAAAACCUCACCUUUCGGAAGUCCGCUCUUUGGGGGUGGAUGUUCAUCCUGUUCAUCGGUAGCAUUUCGAUCGUCGCCGCCCUCGUUCGAUAUGCCGCUCUGAGAGUGGUUUGGGGCCAGCCCAAGGCCAGCGUAACCCAUACGAUCGAUGUAUCGGCUAUGGUCGAGAUCACGACAUCGUUGUUGGCCGUCUGCUCACCAUCGCUCCGAGUGUUUUUCCGGGGAAAGAAGAAGCCGCACCUGCCGAGUCGGAGGGAUGUUCGACACAUUUCGACGAAUCCGGACUUGUUGACCACGGCCAAGAGCGUCAUUGAAACGAAGGGAUCCGAUAUGGAAAGCCAAAAGCAUCUCUCGCCGGUGCCGGAGAAUCAGCUAUCUAGCUCUGAUGAUCUUCCGAUGGAUUCUGGCACUUCUACCUUGACUUCAUUUCCGCGCUCUAUGUAAAUCGUAUUAUUUUGACCGGGCUGUUAGGUGGAGUUAUCAGGUGUUUCCGCUUAUUAUUUCAUUUCAAAGUUAGGGUGUUCCUGUUUGUUGAGCUGC